AUGUUCCACAAGCGGGACAUCUCCUUCACCGACCACAAGGAUCAAAAUGGAUUUGCCGAUCAUUCCAGUCCUGCUCACCCACAGAGUUCAUCGCCUCCUCCAGAUACUCCACACACGCAACCUUCUUCUUCCUCGGGCAAACGACGCCUGGCAGCUCGUAAACCUAACUCGCGACAGUCAGGGUCUCCAUGGACUCCGCAGGAAGACGAGAUUCUUUUUGAUUUACGGCAACAGCGGGUCAAAUGGAGGACGAUCGGCGCCCAACUGAACCGGACCGUUGCAUCCUGCUACUCGCGCUACUACCGGUUCUUGGAUCCCUUCCUAGCAGAUGCUAUCGAGAGCGAGCUGGACGAAGUGGAGGAUGUCGAAGGAGGAAACGAGUCAGGCGGGGCAAGCAUCAAGGAAAGGAUCCUUAGCGGGACACUGGAGAAGCCGAGCGUGAGACCCCAGCCGUACGUGGAGCGUGGGCCAUGGAAGGCCAAGGAUCGGGAACAACUAGAGCUCAUGGUCACAGCCAAGGUACCAUGGAGCAUCAUUUCCCACCAGCUGCAGCGGAACCAGGAUAGCUGCAAGGAAAAGUGGCUUCGAAUGCAAAAGAGUCAUCUCGAGAAACGCCGGUAUUCUAAGAGGGUCCGAGGGGGGCAGUGGACUCGACUCUACAAAGAAGGAUUCACUCCGCAUCAUCGAGACCAGCUUGUUCGCGCCGUGGAGAAGUAUCUGACAGCUAAGAGAGCCUCGGCCAUCUACGACAGCAACCCGCUUAGGAUUCUGGGAGUCAAUGAUCCGGGGGAGGAGGAGGAAGAGGAGGAAGAUGGACCGUUCGACCCGUCGAUGAUGCACCCGCCGCCACUAUCUCUUGACCAACAGACGAUUAUUGACAACAACUCGAGUGACCAGGAUUCGAGCGUGGAGACCAUCGAUUGGGAAGCCGUAUCGCGCGCCUUGAACAACAAGUUUCCGGCAUCAAGACUUCGCUCGAUCUACCACGAACUGGCAGUCGCCAAACUUGUCUGGACGCCGGAGGAGGACGAGCGAUUGUUCCGAGCGGUUAUUCGACUAGGGCCACCAGAACUGCAGCCCAAGAUUUGGACCAUGAUUAAGGACGCCUUUGGAGACGUCAUUCGGACCAGUAACGACUAUCGUGCCCGGUGGAGAGAGCUGGACAUGCCUCAGCUGGAGCGCGAGUGGGAUUUCUCGGAGAAGACAAAGUUCUGGCGGCGCUGGAUGGAGUAUCAGGAAGCAGGAUCGCUACUAGACCAGGAAGCCUCAUCGUCAGACAAGAACAGUUCGAUCCAGUCUGUCAUAGAGCCGCGGCCGUUGUUACUAAAGCCGUCGCAUGAACCCUCAACCCAGUCUAGGAUGGAUGCAUGGGAUCUGAUUGCAGAAGGAUUGGAAUACCGACACGGACGCGACUGUCAACUUUAUUUCGACCACACAACCCGCAAUUUCCCUAGGGACCCGGAGCUCUUUCGUUACUUGUCACUCGAGCUUGCCAAGGCAUACCUGGAACCGCGCACAGUGUCUUGGUCGACGGAUGCAUCGAGAAUGUUGGUUGCAACGGUCAACUCCUUCUUGCAGGCCAACAAACUCGUGAAAUGGGCGUCGGUUGCCCAGGCGCUGGAUCAUCAAUACACGGCCGAGCAGUGCGAGGCGAAGUGGCUGUAUUGGUCCCAGAAUCACGUACCGACGCCGGAUGAUGCACCGAUAUAUGGCGACAAGGAGGGACUGGAAGUUGGACUAGACUCGUCGGAGCAUUUGUCCAAGCUGGGCCAGGCGGUGGUUGAGCGUGAGAGCGAUGAUAAAGACAAGAAGGCCACGGAGCGAAGGCUUUGGACGGACGAUGAAGUUGAGCUGCUGAAGAAAGGAGUCGAAGAGUAUGGACUUCAGUGGUACAAAAUCCGGGACGCAUAUUUACCUCACCGAGCCAUUCAGAUGAUACAUGAGCGUUACUGGCGUAUGCAAGCCAAGAAGACGGGGCGGUUCUCGGAGAAGGAACGGAGCCAGCUUGAGACGGCCAUUGAGAUCUUUGGCGAGGAUGCGGACUGGGAGCUUAUUGCGGGGCAGGUCCCAGGCCGCACAGCGAGCCAGUGUCGGAAGAACUGGAAGUACAGCACGACGCACCAUUUGCACAAACUGGGCGAGCCCUGGACAGAUCAGGAUCGAGAGCGACUCAAGAGUGCAGUCGCGCGGUUCGGAAAGAAGAGGUGGACUCUUGUUUCGGAGUUUGUGGUUGGAAAGACACCUGACCAGUGUAGGAACGAGUGGAGAGAAAAACUGGAUCCUGUAGUUGAUACAAGUCAUUGGUCGGGGCAAGAGCGAGAUCGGUUGAUGGAGCUCAUUAUGGAUCACUUGAGUCGAAAGGACGAGGCGGAGGAGCGAGCCAGAGCCAAGGCAGAGUCAGGAACCACAGAGAGCAAUGACCAGGGAUUUGUCGAUCCAGCGCCGCGGUACAAUGGCAAGCGCAAGAUUGACUGGAACGAGCUUGCCAAGGAGUUCAAGGGCCGCACAGCUCAACAGUGCCGACUGCAGUUUGAUGUUCAUCGCGCUCUUUACCGCCUUCAGGGCGACUACUAA